AUGCUGGUGGUUGUCUCGUCAGACAACACAACCUCUCCUACAGAGACGGUCAUCGUGCAGUGCAAGGAUCGCUCCUACCUGGAUAACUGUCUCAAGAAGUUGCCUCCCAUCCUGGAGAAGUCCGAGAUGAAGGGUAUUCCCAGCUCUAAGACUGACGUCGAUGCUUCCUGCAGUGCAUUCAAGAUAGGUAUGGGAUGUAUGGAGACAUUCGCCAAUACUUGCCUCUCAACGGCAAACAGACAGACGUUAGACGCUCAUGUCGCUGGCGCCAAACACACGUUUAAGUUUCUCUGUGACGACCCAGUCUUCCAGUCUGAGUACCUGCAGUACACGUCUUGCUACAAGGCCAUCAGCAAGGACUGGGACAACUGCGCCAACAGGUUCGUCAGUCUAGUCAGAGAGGAGGUGGUGAGGAAGAACACCACCAUGGAGUCUAGACUGCUGGAACUUUGCUGUGCAAGACACGGGUUCCUCAAGUGCGUGUACGUAGCGGCUCGACUCAAAUGCAAGAAGGAGGAAGCUCUGUUCAUCAAGAAGAUCGCAGACACGUUGUCUAACAUGCGUGUGUACUCCAAGCACUGUCGCAACGUGGACGUGGCGUUCUGUGGAUCAGCUGAUCGUCCACUCCUGUCAGUGCUGCCCCUACUGCUGCUCUGGACAUUGGCCUUGGUCAAGUGAACACGUUGUAACAUGACGUUCUGUGGAUCAGCUGAUCGUCCACUCCUGUCAGUGCUGCCUCUGCUGCUGCUCUGGACAUUGGCUUUGGUCAAGUGAACACGUUGUAACGUGGCGUUCUGUGGAUCAGCUGAUCGUCCACUCCUGUCAGUGCUGCCCCUACUGCUGCUCUGGACAUUGGCCUUGGUCAAGUGAACACGUUGUAACAUGACGUUCUGUGGAUCAGCUGAUCGUCCACUCCUGUCAGUGCUGCCCCUACUGCUGCUCUGGACAUUGGCCUUGGUCAAGUGAACACGCUGUAACAUGGCGUUCUGUGGACCAGCUGAUCGUCCACUCCUGUCAGUGCUGCCUCUACUGCUGCUCUGGACAUUGGCCUUGGUCAAGUGAACACGCUGUAACAUGGCGUUCUGUGGAUCAGCUGAUCGUCCACUCCUGUCAGUGCUGCCUCUACUGCUGCUCUGUACAUUGGCCUUGGUCAAGUGAAAACGUUGUAACAUGACGUUCUGUGGAUCAGCUGAUCGUCCACUCAUGUCAGUGCUGCCUCUACUGCUGCUCUGUACAUUGGCCUUGGUCAAGUGAAAACGUUGUAACAUGACGUUCUGUGGAUCAGCUGAUCGUCCACUCCUGUCAGUGCUGCCUCUACUGCUGCUCUGACAUUGGCCUUGGUCAAGUGAACAUUUUGUAACGUGGUGUUCUGUGGAUCAGCCGGGAUCA